AUGGAUCCCCCCCUCAAUAUCCAACAGGUGGCCGUCAUCGCUAGACCCAAGCCCGAUGGGCCUUACUGUCAAAUGGCCAGCGCUCUCCAAACUUGUCGGUGCCCUCGAACAAUUAUACACCCUUGUCUUGCUGCCCUGAACGCCUUCGCCGAUGACAAGCACCAAGUCCCUAUCUUACAGGAAAUUGCAUUCGCCGCCGAGUGCCAGAUUGACAACAACGACUUUGUGCAAACGUCCAAACAACAAUACCCCACGGGAGGUAAGACCGCAGUCGAGAACCAAUUUCCCUACAUCGCCGCAUGUCUCUUUUCGGCUAUAGCAUUCUGCCUCGACCAAGGCCACGCAAUUUACCAUUGCUCGGUAGAGAAGCCUCGCUGUUUCUACAAGGGCAAGCUAGAUAUCCGCCACAAACGGGUAGGACGACCCACCAAUGUUUCAGUCAUUGACAUAACGGACCCGCGAAAUCCUAGAUACUGCUUCCUCAACAUGGAUUCAAAGUGCAUCUGGUGCGCUCUACGAGAUUACGAUCCCGACGGUAUCAACAAUCAAGACAGGCAAGGUGAGCUGGCACCGUGGACGAUGCCUGCAUACACUCCCUGCUCCGGUGAAUCCCUCUCGUGCCGGAUGUUGUACGACCUUUAUCACAAUGUCACCGGAUUUGAGCGUGACAGAAAAGACCUCAAUGCGUUGGAGGCAUUGAAAGCCUACCCACUUAUUGAUGUUGCAGCUCUUGCUAGUUGCUGGCCAUCCCCCAUGUGGAAUUUGUCCCAGCAAGAGACGACGGGCUUGAGUCAACUUUCGAUCUCCGUUCACCCACGCGCCCAGAAGAGCCAAGUCAAAUCGCUUCGCAAACUCACAGAGCACAAGAUCCUCGACGCGAUCGUCUCCGGAGUCCUUGACGACCUCAACCUGCUCGAUAACGCGCUACAGAUUCCGGGAUUUCCGAAAGACUUCCUCGACACCUGCAUUUCGCGGGCCGACUUGCUUGCUGCUAGCGAUAAUCAGAACCUGAUAGCCAAGCUGCUUGCCCGCCUCCUGGAGGGCCUCGCCCACGUGAACCUUUAUCCGUUCCGCAAGCUUCCCAUAGAGACGCUCCGCGAAAUCCUCCACAGCGAUAACCUCAAUGACAUGAAGAGUCUCAACAUCUCUGGCCUGUUUGUUGGUUCGUCCAAGGACAUUAUACCAAUUUUCAACGCAAUCCCCCGACAGCUGGAGUGUGUCUACCUCCUGCAACCACCAGGCCCCGCCAACAGGUUGAAGGACAAGGAAGCAGCAAUCAUGGUCAACCUUUCAGACUUCAUCAUGCGAAAGGGGGACGAGAUUCUGGAGGACGGCAAGAAGAUCCUCACCAGUGCGAAUCUCGCUACUGCUCUGGAUUCGUUGAGCUACUUUGACGGACUAACCAGGGAUCGUAGGGCGCUUGCUCGCCUGCGCUGGCGGAUUGAUGGAUGGUGGUGA